GUUGUUGCUGCUGUUGUUUUUGUUGUUGUUGCUGUAGUGGUUGUUGGUGUUGUUGUUUCGCCUCCGGGAGGCGUCCAGAGCAUCCAGGGAAUUGCAGACCAGCCCGGACCUCGACGCCCUCCUGGUCCCCCUCGCCCUGGUGGUCAGCUCAAGGUGCAGAUCCCUCUCCCUAGGAACCCGGCCAUCCGCCGCCUCAGGGCCAUUCGCUGGCGGCCAGUGCUGCCAUCUCCCUGCCCUACGAGGCCCAGCGUGCAGGCUGGUCGAGCUGCCGCGCAUGGAUGCAGGACACGGGCCGCUGCACGCAGAGGAAACUGCUGGACGAUAGCCGUAUGGCUGUUCAGUCCCAAUUGGACGACAUGCGCAGGACGUUCCAGGACCUGUUCGAUGAGCACAGCAGGGCCACGGUGCGCUUGAUGGAGGAGCAGGGCAGGGCGACCGAGCAGCGGGCCCAUGGUGUGCUGCAGGCGUGUCAGCAGCUGGAGGGGCGGAUGGAGCAGCGCAUCGUGGAGGAGAGGGCCGCCGUGCAAGGUGCUCUGGAGUCGGUCGCUCAGGCGUUUCAGCACGAGCGCGCUCAGAGAUGGGCGGAGCUGGAGCACGCCUUGAGCUCUUUCCAGGGCGGCCUGUCUGGCGACGAGCCGCCCUCGAGCAGGGCCCGCGAUGGCGAAAGGCUCGAUGGUCGUCUCGAUGCCGACCCGCACUCCAGCCAGGCCGGCGAGACGUUCGAAGCCCGCCUCGAUGUUGACCCCGUGCAGUGGUCGUCGGCCCUGGAGGCGCGGGUGGCGCAGCUGGAGCACCUGAUGCGGGCCGCCGAGAGGCCCGUCGAGCUGGAACAGCACUUUCAAGCGACCGCGAACCGGCCGACCGCCGACAAGGCCGAUGGCGAGCCGUCGGUGGCAUCCAUCGCGGAGUCACACGACAAGUUCGGGUUGAUGGUCACGGAGGGCGCGGAGGUCGGAGCGGGGUCUGUUGCCGUGCCUGCCGCAGAGGGCGAGGUUGCGCUCGGCGAGAGUAUGUGGGACGCUGCCGCACUCAUCGGGUGCUCAGAGGCAGGUGUGUGCGCCUCGCUGUUCACGGUGGUUGCGUUGUCGAUCAACGUAGCGGUGCAGGUCUUGUUCAUCCUGAUCGUGAACGACAGUCUGACGCCUGCUCAUUUCAGCGAAGAGACAGUCCAGGAGUACGAGUCAUGGCGCACAAUGAUUGCGCACAAUGUCAAGUUCGUGGACGAUCUGACAUACACAUCUCUGGCCAGAAAGGUAUGUGAAUUCAGAGACGCCCCAAUGUCUUCGGGGCCAAUCGAAGGGUUUGCGUCCAUCAGUGAAUAUCUGGGUGUGAGGGCUCAGGAGAAGGGCAAGCGAGACGCACCUCCUCUUGGCGAGUGGUUGCCUGCAUUUGGGAUUCACCAGGUUGGUCCACCAAUGUGCUGCAUGGCACUCAUGGUAUGGUUCUGCACCGUUUGGAAAGAGAUCUGCUCGAUAGCCGAUCUGGCCCAGGCGUUCAGCCGGCUGCCGUCUGGGAAGACCACGAUAUCUGGAAGCUCAAGCGGGCUGGCGUUGACGGCCGUCUCGAGCUCGCGCAGAGGUAUGUUCUACAGCGUCCUCUUCGUAAGGUCCCUGGUCUGCCUGGCCCUUGCCACCUGCGGCGCGCUCUACCUGGCCGCCACGAUCUCCCUCGGCGACCUCCUGCUCAACGCGGUGGCUCUGGAGCGGAUUGUGAUCUCGCUGGACGAGCUCGCUUUCGAGGUGUUUGCGCCCAGCUCCAUGCGGGCCCUUAUCUCUCUUAUCGCCCCUUUGCCGAGGCCUCCGAGCCCUGCCCUGCGCGGUCUGGAUGCAAGGCCAGUCGUGUCGCUCUUCGCCAUCGGAGCCGGGGUGGCUGGAGUCUGGUGGUCAGUCUUGCUGCCUCAGGUGGAGAUACUCGAGACAGCACGGUCUGCGCUGUGCGACGGCGAUUUGGACUUCAUCGUCACUUGCGACAAGACUGGUGUAGUGGUUGCAUACUCCCCCACAGCACUGGAUGAGGGUGGUGAGCCGGUUGACGCUGGAUCCAUGUACAAUUACCGCGCGAUCAGGAACAUUAUCAAGAAUGGAACGGACGGAACAAAUAGCUUGUCUUAUGGUGACAUGUUUGACUCGGCGGUUGGCUUUACCGGCGGCCGGUUCACUGUGCAGGGCCGGGCUAACUACGAUACGGAACGCGCAACCCAUAUGCUCAACGCGUAUUGCGCGGACAUGGAUUGGAACGGCUCCCUCUCUUGGCCCGUUCUCGCGGACAUCCUCGAGUCUGCGGGUGUUUUCUCAGGCGUCGGGGACAUCGGGCCUUUCACCUCCUGUGCGGACGUGGCCCCGUUUUGUUACUCGGAGGACGCCGUAUCCACUCGCGUCAGGCAGUAUUGCCCAGUCACCUGUGGCUGCGACGAUCCGUCUGGGGAGCUCAUCCUCGUCGGGACGGAGCAGGGGUGCCCCUUGACGUGCGUCAAUACACCGAUGUACGCCCAGGCAUUGAGCGACAUGGACUGCGCGGACUGGACCAUGGAGUCACCCUCGACGCUCUAUGGCGUAGAUCUGAUGGAAGCUUACGUGAUGGGCCUAUAUAAGAUGGGCUGGCCCGAAUGGGUGGUCGAUGGGAUGAUCGCAAUGAUGAAUGUCUCAAUGAGUGCUAGCGGUUGCCCAGGACUGGCAGCCUUCAUGCAAAGUGUCAGCACAGGCUGGAGUUUCGGAAACCUGUGCGAUUGGAACAACCCGUUUGGCUUGAAGCCCAUCACAGUAUUUUGCCCUGUCUCUUGCGGUUGCCGGCAGAGCAAUGACAUUUUAUGCCCAACCACUUGCUGA